AUGCUCAUCCGUUCAUCUCUCUUCCUUCUCGGAGCUGCUUACGCUUCUGCGAGCAAUCUUUUCAUCACGGAUUAUGAUGGCCACCUCACCUCGGUCAAGCUCAGCAGCGAGUCCUCUGGCGCAUAUCAGCUCAACAAGAACAUAGCUUAUGGCGAAUGUGGAGCCAAUCCGACAUGGUCGACAGUGGAUAUCGGCCGAGGUGUUCUCUACUGUCUAGACGAAGGGUUUGCCAAUGACGAUGCGGGUGCCUUGACCUCGUUCUCGAUCGAACGGGAUGGACAGCUCGUCAAAGUACGGCACUUUGACGGUCUGAAUGCUCCGGUUUCGGCCGUCAUAGUGGGAGAGCCGACGGAGCAGCAAGCGCUCGUUUCGGCGAAUUAUGGCGGAGAAGGCGGAGGCUCAGUCAGCUAUUUCAACUUGCAAUGCAACGGCGACUUCACAUUCAAUGAGGAGAUCAAAUUCAAGCACACUCUUCAACCUGGACAAGAUGAAGAGCGACAAGCCGCAUCGCAUCCUCAUCAAGCCAUUGUGGAUCCCACGGGACAGUAUGUUCUAGUGCCGGACCUGGGAAUGGACCUCGUUCAUAUUUUUGGAUGGGAUUUCACGAACCAUAAACUCAAGCAGCUUAAAUCACUCGAAGUGCUUGAAGGCACAGGCCCACGUCACGCUGCGUUUUGGAACCCAUCCGGCGUCGCGUGCGAGACUUGUCCCACGUACUUCUAUCUCGUCUCUGAGCUUGCCGGCACAGUGACCAGCUAUCAAGUUUCGUAUCUACACAAUGGCGGCGGCCUGACCUUCAAGCAAGUCCAAAUCAGCCGCACCACUGGCCCGCACUUUGUCAAACAAAGGACUGCCCCUGCCGAGAUUGUCAUCAGCCCUGAUAAUCGCUUCCUGAUCGUAUCCAACCGCAACGAUAGCUCCACGUACACUUCCAUACCUCCCCCAAUUCCAGGCGGCGGUUUCCAAUCUGACUCGCUCGCCACCUUCGAGCUUUUACCUGAUGGCAACCUGAACUGGCGCCAGCUCUGGCCUGCAGGAGGUUCUUUCCCGCGCCAAUUCAGCUUGAACAAACUCGGCAACCUGGUGGCUGUAGGUCUUCAAUACACGAAGAGGGUCGUGAUUUACAGUCGCGAUGUUGCUACAGGCCUGAUCGGUGAGCCGGUCGCUCAUCUGGACAGGCUGGGCAAUGUCACUUCUGUUGUAUGGGCAUAG